AUGGAAGAAGUCAAAAAGGAAAGCGAUAUCGGAGUGGUAGAUAAGGUAGAACCAAUGGAAGUAGAUAAUGUGGAUAAUAAUGACGAGAGGAAAGAUGGGAGCGAAGAUGAAAGCAGUAGUAGUAGUGAAGAAAAUAUUGAGUUUAUGGUCAUUAAUCGAGAAAAACGAGCAAAUGCUGGUAGCAAAAUGGCGCAGUUAUUAGAGUCUGUUGUACAUGAAGACGCAUUUUAUACAAGUACUUAUGAUGGUGGAUUUCUUGAGGAUGAUGCUGAUGAUGCAUUUGAAUCACCUUUAGAAUCCGAACAAGACGAAAUAGAUUCCGAUUUUGAUCGUCCUGAAGAGGAUGAUGAUGCAAUUAGCGAUGUAGAAGAAGAGCCAAAAAGGAAAAAAAGAAAACUUGCAUAUAAAGAGCCAAAAUUAGCAGGGAGUAAUUCUAAAAAAGCACUGCUGCAAAGAAACAAAAAAUGGGUGAUGGCAAGGAUGGGAUGUGUUACUGCAGCUGCAAAUAUUGUCAGUCCAGAGACUCAGGCACAGUAUUUAGAAGAAGCAAAGGAAACAGAGAGAAAAAAUGUAGCAUCACUUAAAAAAUAUGAACAGUUUGAGCUGGAAAAGAAAAAGAAGCGAGAAAAAACAGGUGGCACACGAAAACUGCACCCACCUUACAUCAGUUCUGUUGACGGACCUAAUGGCAAAUGGCUGGUUGUUCCAGAUAUCAAAAAAUUUGACAAGCCGGAGAAGAAAGUUAAACUUCUUUGCUGUGUUACUUCACGUCCAGCAAAGUACCGAGAUCCUGUGACAGAUUUGCCGUAUGCGACACCAGAAGCAUUCAAACUGAUUCGAGAAAAGUAUGUAGAAUACUUGAAAAGCAUGCCAGAGCAUCCAGCAGUAAAAUCUUGGCUUGCUCAGAAAUGUUGA